AGAAAUUGGAAGAGGGCAGGCCCUUUGGGCCGAUGAAGCAGUGAGCUGUUGCCUCGGAAACAACACAAAGCCCGCGUGGGCAGCAAAGAGCCACAACUGCACAAUCUCUUGAUCUCUUCGAAAAGGGAAAACCAACGAGGUGAAAUGAUGGUGCUAAGCCAAGCUCCCGGCGGAGCUCUCUCAACCAGAAGAUGUGCCACCACCUCCUCCAUACAAUUCACCCUCCGUAAACCGCCAUUGUUUCCUCAAUUCGCCCAGCCCAGCCGGAAUUCCCUCUCCGACCACCACCGGCGACGCCUAUGCCUAACCCUCUCCAAGGCUGAGGGCGGAGGAAUUGACGCCACCACUUCAGCAACCACACCACCCGUCAUCGAAGAGCCAACACCCCGUCCUUCUCCUCCUCCGGCGGCGCUAGGGAGCACUGAUACUGUUUUCGUCGGUCAACAAAAUGUCCCUCUGGAAGGCGUUAUCCAGUUCGAGAAGCCUAGCUCUGCUUCUACUUCUUCGCGAAUUGAGAAAUGGGGUCGGGUUGCUCUGCUUGCUGGAGGGGAUGUGGUGUCGUUGCUAAUUUUCUCUGCAAUUGGAAGAUUCAGCCAUGGUUUCCCUGUAUUUGACAUGGAGACAUUGAGAACUGCCGAUCCUUUUGUUGCUGGGUGGUUCCUGGGUGCUUAUUUUCUUGGGGGCUAUGGUGAAGAUGGCCGUGGAAUGAACGGUACUUCUAAAGCUGUUGUUGCAGCUGCCAAGUCUUGGGCUGUAGGGAUUCCUUUGGGGAUAGUCAUAAGAACUGCAGCAUCAGGGCAUGUUCCAGCCACUGCCUUUAUGUUAGUGACAAUGGGAAGCACUGGUGUUUUGCUAACUGGAUGGAGAGCACUGGCAUCCAGCAUUCUUCCUAAGAAGGACAGUAAGAAGGAUGAUGUGUACAGACGCGGCAACCCCUUUGAAUUGUUUGAGUUGCUCACAUCGUUAGUACGAAGGUGGUAAACCAAUAGCUAGUUUUGUACAUCGGCUCCAUCCUCUCUCAUGUUUCGAUAUGGAUUACAUUGAAGCUCAUAUUCUGGGAACCUUCUGUAGCAGGUACUUGAUAAACCCUACCCAAGACACCUAUAAUGUUAAUGAUAAUUUAUUGAACGCUCUUUGAUGCUAUUGCUACACCUUAGACCUUGUUGUCUGUAUGUAAUGUCCCAUGUAUAACUGUCAUUCUAAAUGUUUGAUUCCAUCAUCAAAGCCCUGUGUAGUAUGAUCAGAGAGAGACCUGUAACUCUCGUCGAGUGCCUAAAUGCCGUUAAUCCACCUAUGGUAAUAAGGGAAGACAGGGUCAAUUGACUGUAUAUUUCAAUGCAUCCCCUAAGUGGCCGUUUGGUAUAUGCUUUUCUAAAUGAUG